AUGACGAAGUCUAGUAAAUCAAGAUUGUACAAGAUUGUGCGUGAAGAUAGAAUUAGCGAAUUGCCUAAUGAUAUUCUGAUAUCUAUAAUUUCUCGACUGAACGUUCAAGAAGCUGUUUCAACUAGCAUACUAUCAACUCGUUGGCGACAUCUCCAGCAUCACUACUUAGAUCUUCUUGUUUUCCGAAAAUUUAGAUGUGGGAUUGACCGUAUACCAAAUUACGUACAUAUGGUUGACCACGUCUUGAAUUCAAAUAGAUCCAGUCAAAUAAAAGUGCUUGGGGUGGACAUGUCGCGUUAUGUAGGUGCCAAGUUUAAGAAGUGGUUAAAGUUUGAGGAGUGGUUUGAAUUCGCCCUCGCUAAGAAAAUUGAAAUAAUUCAUUUACGUGGUGUGGAACAACAUCACCAUAAGGGUCCAAUUUUUAGACUGCCAAGUACAAAUGGUCUCGAAUGCAUUAAAGAUUUAUAUCUAGCUAGCAUUAAAUUGUCGGAUCAAGGCCUAGAGUUUUUGGUCUCCAAUUGUGUUGCUCUUGAACGUUUGAAAAUUGAAUCAUCUUGGGAGUUGAGAAAUGUUUCAAUUGUUGGUCACUCAAAAUUGAAACUUGUAAACAUUUCUCGCAUUUGGGGAGCUGAAUCCAUUGUGAUCCGCGACACGAUAAGCCUAGUUUUUUUGAUGAUCCAUGGUUUGAGCCGUGAAUGUGCUGUCGAACUUAGUAACAUACCGAAACUUACCAAACUCGAUUUUAAAGAAAGUGGUGAUCAACCCAUGCUGGCUGAUCUCCUUGCCAGCAUUCCAUUUUACAUACGCCAUCGACUACAAUUGUUGCACUUUUUAACUCCGGGUGUUCAUAAUUAUGUGUCUCCGUCUAAGUUUGUGCACAAACCGAUAUAUAGGCAAGUGAGCGGAAUAGAUCAAGGUCGAUGGGAAGUGAACGACGUGAAUCGACCUCCGUGGGAAUUGCCAGACAUAUGGCAACCGGCAUGGUGUGAGUUGUCUGUAAAGAAUUUGGAAAUCACGGGAUAUUUGGGCACUGCAUGGGAACGAGGAUUCGCUUUGUACGUCAUCAAUAAUGCAGCUCUUGAAAAACUGAAAGUGGUGGCUUCCGAAUUGGCUUUGGACGUCAUCAAUACCGCUACAAGCGUGCAUGGAAGAAUGGACGUGGAGGAAGGUCUUGAAAAACUAAAUGUGGUGGCUUGUGAUAAAGAGACAUUAGCUCGUGUACGACAUGAUUUUCAACAUACUCCCGAGAUCUCUUACUCGUAUGGAUUAAAUUAG